CCCAAUAUCCCUUUCUAUUUUGUAUUUAACUACAAUAAUAAUCUAUGAUGUUUUCCAAGAAUCAUAUGGUUUGGUUGAUUUGGUACCGGGGAAGGCGAAGACUUCGAGAUCAUGGAGAAAGAUAUGCCUUUUGCUUUCUCCGUCAGCGGUCGUCUAUGAACUUUUCUGCGAAAGAUCGCCAAGACGAAGUCCGCACGGCGUUGUUCUGCAACUUCUCGCCUCGCGCUUUGUCAAUCGCAACUCGGUUCGUCGGUCAACGGCGAUCAAGGAUGCAAGGUCCGGAGCCAAAUCGCGUGCCUGCCAUGUCGGUUUUGAACUCGAGGGUUGUUGCUGAUAUGGUUCGCAAUGGUGAUGCUCAAUCCGUUCCAAUUGGGGCAGACUAUGCUGAAAUCGUUGUUGUGCGUCACGGUGAAACGGACUGGAAUGCUGAUGGAAGAUUUCAGGGAACUUUAGAUGUCGAAUUGAAUGAAAUUGGGAGGCGGCAAGCAACUGCCGUGGGUGAAAGGCUGUCCAGAGAAGGUAAAAUCUCUGCAAUUUACUCAUCUGACCUAAAACGAGCUUUUGACACGGCAAAUCUUAUUGCGGCUGCUUGUGGUGGACUGGAGGUUAUCAAGGAUCCAGGUCUACGAGAAAGAAAUUUUGGGGAGCUUCAAGGCCUUCAGCAACAUGUUGCAGCCAGUGUCUUUCCUGAAGCCUAUAAAGCCCUUCAAUCUCAGAAGACGGAUCAAGAAAUUCCGGGUGGCGGUGAAAGUAUAGAUCAGGUUUAUCAACGUUGCACUACGUGUUUGCGAAAUAUUAGUAUGAAACAUAAAGGAGAGCGAGUAAUAGCGGUCACUCAUGGGGGUGUACUCCGAACGCUUCAUGCGCGGGCUUGCCCAAAUCAAGAAUCUGUGAAGUUUUUGAAUACUUCCGUCAACAUUUUCCACUUGUCUGAUGGGGACGAUUGGGUCUUCAAAUCCGGGGGUGAUGUACGUCAUCUCAACCAAAUAGAAUAUCUGAGAACAGGGUUUGGUGGGGAUAGAACUUCUGGUUAGAUCAACUCUUCAUAAUGUUGUUCCAAUAACCCUACUGUGACACCCAGAACGUGACCAGCGAUAUGGGUUAUUUAUUUUAUUAUUAUUCUCUUUUAGCAUGCGCAAGCAUAAUUAAACAUUUACAAAUAUUCCUUUACAAAGAAAACUGUACAAGUAUAGAUAAUGUAUUUAUACUUCUUUUAUUUAU